CGGCGACUCCGCCUUCCGACACAACAUGGCAGCGUCGGCAGCGAAAGCAGGAGCGGCGGGGUUGAGGCGGGCGGCCUCGGCGAUAUGCCUGGGCACUCGGCGGCCGCCCUGCCGGGAGCUCUCAGCCCCGGCCCGACUGUACCACAAGAAGGUGGUUGAUCAUUACGAAAAUCCCAGAAAUGUAGGGUCCCUUGACAAGACAUCCAAGAAUGUUGGCACGGGAUUGGUUGGAGCACCAGCUUGUGGGGAUGUUAUGAAAUUACAGAUCCAAGUGGAUGAAAAAGGGAAGAUUGUGGAUGCCAGAUUUAAGACAUUUGGCUGUGGGUCUGCUAUUGCUUCGAGUUCCCUGGCUACUGAGUGGGUUAAAGGAAAAACGGUUGAAGAAGCCUUAACGAUCAAAAAUACUGACAUUGCCAAGGAGUUGUGCCUCCCUCCUGUUAAGCUUCACUGCUCCAUGCUUGCUGAAGAUGCAAUCAAGGCGGCCCUGGCGGACUACAAGCUGAAGCAGGGCCCCGCUGAAAAAGAUCCUGAGGAGAAGUGACCACCCGUGCCCUCCAGGCUCCCCUGUGCCUCGUGGGCUGGCCAAGCCAUCCAGUCUUCCUUUCCAGUGCAAUCCAUCUCACCUCAAAGGUUAGGUGGCUCCUGUACCCCAAUAAAAGAGCUAUGUAAUAAUCACGCACAACGUCCUGUUCUCAUAGCAGCUCUCAUUGAAUAUCCAGGAAAUGCAUAGCUUGUGUCCCAUCUUCAGGCUUAUUUCUGCACCAGUCGCCCCUCAAGGCCUGCCGUGGCUGUGUAUUGUGAAUUGUAUGACUUGUUUAUUACCUUGUCUGUUCCCAAAAUGCAAAAAAUGAUGGAACCCCAACAUACCUUUCAUCUGGAAGGGUGAAUUUCAUUUAGUAGCACUUAAUUAAGUCGAAUUUGGGGAAAAAGUUAUUGUCACAGAUUGCCUUGGUAUAAAUAUUUGAGAGAACCAAUUAUUGUACAUAAAGCAGAUCUUAUAUAUAUAUAUAUAAAUAUAUGACAUAAUAAAACUCCUAAAAGAA